AUGUCAUACACCUACACCACCUACCACCAUCACCAAUUCGGUCAACCUCAUCCCCUGCCCGAAACACACCCAUAUCAGUGGCCAUCGCUGUACGCCGCCCCAACUACUGAAUAUGGACAGCCAGAACCACCACACUUCUCCGACAGACCAGACCCAUCCUACGGGCUGCCAUGGUUUGGCUCUCGAGACGAGCAGCCACCAUACACAGCGAAGACCACCGCACCGCCGCGAUCCACGUUCGCUGGUCAGGAUCUGUACCGCCUUGUACAGUGGCAGACGCCCGACCAUGUACAGUGGCCGCCGCCAAGCCAGACCUACCCACAACAAAUCCACUACUGCCAACCGCCGUUGUUAUAUCCGCAACCUCCCGAUCAACCGGAUUGGCAAUGUCUCCCAACGACCAAUGAUGUCGGCCAUAUGGAGCCUCUCAACAUGCCACGUGAUACAGUGACGCCAGAGUCUGAAUCGAACCUAACGGUGGCUGCCUUGGCUUCACAGCUCGAGCGUUUGACUGCUACUGUCAAGCAACUGACGUCUUUAAUGGAUGCAAACAAACGCUGCCUGAGCGAUCCACAUGCCGCGACACAACCUCCACCAGACCCUACAGCCAGUGUCAUGUACACGGAGCCGGUAUCGUGUCCCCUACCACAGAUGACCGCCGCCGCCCCAGCUGAUCUUCAUCACGAUCCAUCUAGAAGCUUGCUGCCUUUUGUCAUUGCUAUCCCGCCUCCACCAGCCACAAUAUCUCUGUCGUGCGACACCAAUUUCGGGUAUGACUCGAUGGAAUUAAUUGUCGUUGACAAUGAUAAAGAGGAAAAAAUGUUAUUCAUUCUAGUGUUGAUGUUAGUGGACCAAUUUAUGGUAGUAAAGAUGGCAUAG